CCCUCAGUGAAGAAGACAUACACCACCCCAGUAGUUAUAGCAGGAACAAACAAACAUGGCACAAUUAGCUUAUGUCACCAUCGCCAUUGUUGCCUUCUUCCUCAUCCUCCUUCCACAAUCUUAUUUUUCUGAAUCUAUUUCAAGCCAUCACCCUGGCUCCUCCUCACCUACGCAAUCAGAUGUUGAUCUUUUAGAAUUUCCUCUGAAUUUAGAGUAUUUGGAAGCUGAGUUCUUUCUAUAUGGCUCUUUGGGCUAUGGCUUGGAUAAAGUUAAUCCAGGCUUAACCCAGGGAGGUCCAUCUCCCAUUGGUGCUAAAAAAGCUCAUUUGGACCACUUCACUAGGGAUGUUAUCACCCAAUUUGCAUGGCAAGAAGUUGGACAUUUGAGAGCUAUUAAAAGUACAGUAAAGGGAUUCCCAAGGCCAUUGUUGAAUUUGAGUGCAGAAUCAUUUGCCGAGGUGUUUGAUUCUGCAUUUGGUCAUCCCUUGGUUCCCCCUUUUGACCCUUAUGCCAAUUCAAUCAACUAUCUCCUUGCAUCCUAUGUGAUUCCUUAUGUUGGUCUCACUGGGUAUGUUGGAGCCGCCCCAAAGCUCCAAGGUCCUGUUUUCAAAUCGGUAAGCUUCAAACACAAUAACAAGAAACUGAAAAUAUAACCCGAUUAUUUGUUC